GCCUCUGUCUUGCAGUAGCUUGCUUGGCGCAAAUUGCAAUUCUCUACUAUUCUUUAAUGAACCUGUUUCUGCUGAGAUGAUCCUGGCUUCCCAGUUGGUCUUCCUCACCUGUAUCUGGAUCACACUGACGCCAGAUGUUUUUGUUGCUUCCGAAAUCAAGAAGUCCUACCAGCGGUGCUCCGCUUCAGUGAAAAGAGCCCGGGAGAGCAAACAAGAAACCAGAAUGAGAAACAAUGACAGCACCAAAGCAUGGCUCCUGAAAUACAAACAACUUCUCCAUAUAGAGGACCAUGAUUUUGCAAUGAGACCUGGAUUUGGAGGGUCUCCAGUACCAGUGGGUAUAGAUGUCCAAAUUGAAAGCCUUGACAGCAUUUCGGAGGUUAACAUGGACUUUACAAUGACUUUUUAUCUCAGACAUUACUGGAAAGAUGAGAGGCUCUCCUUUCCUAGCACAACAAACAAAAGCAUGACCUUUGAUCAUAGAUUGAUCAAAAAGAUUUGGGUGCCUGACAUAUUUUUUGUCCAUUCUAAAAGAUCAUUCAUCCAUGAUACAACUGUGGAGAACAUCAUGCUACGUGUAUACCCUGAUGGAAAUGUCCUUUUCAGUCUCAGGAUAACUGUUUCAGCCAUGUGCUUUAUGGAUUUCAGCAGGUUUCCUCUUGACACUCAAAACUGUUCCCUUGAACUGGAAAGCUAUGCCUACACCGAAGAGGAUUUAAUGCUGUACUGGAAACAUGGGAACAAGUCCUUAAAUACUGAUGAACAUAUUUCCCUGUCUCAGUUCUUUGUCGAGGAGUUCAGUGCAUCCAGCGGAUUCGCUUUCUACAGCAGCACAGGUUGGUACAACAGGCUUUUCAUCAAUUUUGUGCUAAGGAGGCAUAUCUUCUUCUUCGUGUUACAAACCUAUUUCCCAGCAAUGUUGAUGGUGAUGCUUUCAUGGGUUUCAUUUUGGAUUGACCGAAGAGCUGUUCCUGCAAGAGUUUCCCUGGGAAUCACCACAGUGCUGACCAUGUCCACCAUCAUCUCCGGCAUGAGUGCCUCCAUGCCCCAGGUGUCGUACAUCAAGGCCGUGGACGUGUACCUGUGGGUCAGCUCCCUCUUUGUGUUCCUGUCAGUCAUUGAGUAUGCAGCUGUGAACUACCUCACCACAGUGGAAGAGUGGAAACAAUUCAAGAAGACAGGGAAGAUUUCUGGAAUGUAUAAUAUUGAUACAUUUCAAGCCAUGGCCUUCGACGGUUGUUACCAUGACAGCAAGACUGAAAUGGAGCAGACUUCCUUUUCUCUACACUCAGAAGAGGACGCCAUGCGAGGAAGAUCCACAGGUAGCCCCAGCACAGAUACAUCUCAGAUAAAGAGAAGACAAUCCUUAGGAGGUCAUAUUGGCACAAUCAUUCUGGAAAAUAAUCAUGUCAUUGACACCUACUCAAGGAUUUUAUUUCCCACUGUGUAUAUUGCAUUUAAUUUAUUUUACUGGGGUGUAUAUGUGUGAGGAAGAAUUCCCAAUGUAUAAUACUCAUUUUGGAAUCAGAGUAGGUUAACAACAACAACCACAACAAACAACUCUUGACCCAGAGUUGGACUGUACUUGAUUCAACUGGGAGUCAGCCAGUCAGUCACCUCUCUUGGCCUAUAGAAGAUUUUAAAGUUGACUGAUUUACAUCUAGGAAGAGUUUAAGGUCCCUGGAGAAUUUGAUUCCAUACAUAAGAGUCACAGGCAUGCAUAUUACAGAAAAAUUUCCACAGGGAUGGGCUUUGUAACUACUUUGCCUAGACCCUCCUUGCUUUCUAAAUGUAAACAUUUUGUAUUUAACUAAGCAAUAAAGCUGGACUAUGACAAUGAUUCAAGAAGCAUUGAUUCUUAGUGCUAGCCAUGUGCCAUGCUACCUAACAGAGUUGAAUCCUUGUGAGGAAGAACAUCAACAUCAAGGUGGGACCAUGGACACUUACACAGCUGAGAUGUACAUGAAGAGCUUCCCCGUCCAUCUCCAAUCAAGUCUUUUAUCUUAUUUCACUAUUAAAUUUCAUAUAUUAUUGAGUCCAAGAGCAAAACAUCUAAACUUUGCUCCCAUCCUAAUGUUAAAUUAAUAUGUCAAUCUUCAGUAAUAGAAUCUUAUAUUUUACAGUUGAGUCAUAGCUUUCAUAGCUUUCGGGAGGCAUUUAGUGAAUUAGUUACUGUAUUUACCAAAUAUUAUUGACCUCCUGUAUAAGCCAGUUACUUUAUUAGGUGUUACAUAGUCAAAAAUGAAUAUAAAACGGCAUUCCUGCUAUCAGUGAGUGCACAGCCUAUCAGGAACAGUGAACUGGUAGCUUUCAUAAAUAAUAAAUAUAAUAAUUACAAUAGAUGUAAAAUAGAGGCUUGUACACUAUGCUGUCUGAGUUCUGAAAAGGGGAUACCAAAACAAGGAAAAGGAUAUCCAUGAAGGGAUGUGGAGUCUCAGUUCAUAAAUGACUGAAGAUGCUUCCAGACAUGGUAUUGAGUGAAAAAUUGAAUGAAAUUUAUAUAUCCCAUAGUAAUCCCAUAGUAACGUUGGUUGAGCCAAGUAAAUCAGGUCAAGUGGGUAUUAAAUAAAUGUUUGUUAAGUAGAAAAACCUCUAACGAUUAGCAUUCAUUUUGUAGACUGGUAGUGUGCAUGCUUUUGUGUUAAGUAUUUUGUGAAAAAGAUUCCAUUUAGAGAUCAGCCCUCAGUAAGAAGUAUGAAAUAUUUUCCCUUCCUGUUUUGACUUUUGGCAUUGAAUUAAGGGAAAUAAAUUAAAUGGUGUGUUACAUUAA